AUGUCUGAUAUAGAAAUCCCACUACUAGAAGCUCAUAAAACAGAAACAGAAAUAGAAGCAAAUAAAAAAGGAAUUACCAAAGCAGCUACCCGUGAUAAUGAAAGUCUUUCAAAGUUUAGUGACGAAGAAAGAGUAAAUAGUUAUUUUAUCAAGCAAGCAAUCCCAAAAAUAAAGCGUUACUUAUCAAACAAUCUUCCGAAUCUCAUCGGGAAGACCAGAAGAUCUGCUAUUUCUAUCGACAUCUCAUCAAGUUUAAAAGAAAUCCUAAUUCCGUGCUAUGAUGGAAUCUUAGUCUAUAAUAAUUUAGAAGACCCCAGUAAAACUAAAGAAAUAAAAAUUUCUGAAAAAGUCCUAACUAAUGCCAUUUUCAGCAAAAAUGAUACAGCAGCUAUUGUAGGGUGCAGGGAUAAGAAAUUGUAUAUUAUAGAAUUGAAUAAUCUGAAUAUGACAAUUCUUUCAGGGCACGAUUCUUCGAUAACUAUGAUUGCAACAACACCAGAUAAAACAUUUUUGUUUUCAAUUAGCAGCAGAAAUGAAGUUUUUAAAUGGAAUAUUAACAAAAAAUCAUUUUCUGAGAUAUACUUAUUUAACAAGAAUAGCCCACUAGGAAGCAUUUUUUUGGUUGGCCGGACAAUAGCUGGCUUGCCAAAUUCAUUGGCAUGCCAUAUUGUCUAGCUAACCAAAUUUAAAAAUGGCGAACCAAAAAAUGCUCCUUAAUGGGCUAUUCUUGGCAAACAGGUAUAUCAAGUUUUGGAAUUUUCAGUCAGAGUCAUUAUGAUAAACUUGAUGUUUCUCAAAAAAUGGUUGCAUUUCUUAGCAAUAAAGGAAUGGCCUGCUUAUUUUCAUUAGACGGUGACAGAUUUGGAGAAAUGCAGUAUAAAAAACGCUUGGAGUUCAUAAAAAUAUCUCCUAUGGAAGAUUAUGUUAUUCUAUCCACAGAUGAUGCAGUAAUAAUAUUAGAUAUCCAUAUGACUAUUUUGCAUGAAAUCACAACUCAGCAGGUCCCUGCAUCUUUGUCAAUAACAGACAAAUCCAUCUUAAUAGGAAACAGAUUUGGAAAGCUUACGUUUUUCGAUGUAAUUGAGCUUACCUCAAUGAGCACUCCUACAUCAAAUUGCUCAAUUGAAUGCAUUUCUUAUCAAAUUAAAAAUGAUUCUAUAUAUAUGUGUGAUAUUGAAGGAAACUUGUUUUGCAUGAAAAACCCAGGCGCUGAUUUUUCUUAUAAGCUUCAAGAUAUUCCUUAUCAGUUGGUUGAUUUUUCACAUAAUAGCAAGAAAUUGGUGUAUAAAGAUUUAAUGCCAUUUAUACAAGAAUUAGACUUGAAUAGUUAUAAAAGCAAACAUUUAAUAGAAAAUGAAGACUGGGCAGAUAACUUGUUAGUUAUGAAAGAUAAACUGGUUUUAUCGAACUCUCAGUUUAUUAGUGUUGUUAAUUUGGAUACUAAAGAAGAGGAAAGCAGAAUUAGUCUUGAUAUGAAUGAAGAAACUAUAAAUUUUGUGAUAGAAAGCCAAGAUUGCUCUUUAUUAGCAUUUGGUGGAAAGCUGGGAUCGCUGAUUGUAAUGAAUUUGAAUGAAAGAGCAAUUAGGAUUAAAAUGAAAGAGCACUUGAAUUCGUUGAAAUGUGCGGUAUUUAGUAUGGAUAACUCAAUGGUUAUGUCUGGAAGCUCAGAUAAAACGAUUAUUGUUUGAAAUUUAAUUGAAAAUAGGGUAAUGAAUACUCUUGUUGGCCAUACAAGAGCAGUGCGUUCAUUAGAAUGUUUAAGAGAUAGCAAAACACUUAUAUCAGGAGGGAAAGAUUCAACAAUUAGAUUUUGGGAUAUAAAUGCUGGGUAUCAAACAUACCUGAUAAGCACUCAGCAGCAUAAAAUAGUUGGGCUGUAUGCUAUGAAAGAUUACCCUUAUUUACUCUCUUGUGGCAAUGAAGGAUCAAUUACUUUCUGAGAUUUAAAUACAUAUGAGCAAAUUUUUUCAAGCCUUAUAAGCCCGAAAACAUCUAGAAUGAAGCUAUCUCCUAAUGAAGAUUAUAUUUUGUAUACAUCUAGAAGGGAUUCAUAUAUAAUAAACAAUCCAGUUAAAGCACACACAAUAGAAAUAUCAGGCCCAGGCUCCCAAAAGUAUGAUUUUAUGAAAUAUCUUGACUCAUUGAUGACUGUAACUCCUCUUCAGCACGAUAAAGAGAUGGAUAAUGUUUAAUUGAUCCUGGGAAUUUAAUUGUCCCUUCUCACAGUAAUGCUCCAUAAAGAUAACUCCAAAUGAUGUCACGGCUUAUAGAUGGCCUCCACCUAACCUAGGCAGAAACCUCGAUUUCUUGGUAGAGAUUUCCCUAAUCCACCAGUUCACUGCGGAUUUUGCAUAAUCCCCUAUUUUCAGCUCGAGGCCAUGCCCAUGUUGCACAAACCUUGCAACCGCUGGCGAUAUCGCCUUUGUCUUCAAGCCCAUUUACAAAAAAGAGACUUGUGCCCUUGAAAGCCAUCUAGUCUGCCUUUCCCUCUUCCCUUAGUUAGUCUAAAAGUAAAACUUAGCAGCUUGACAAAGAAUUACAAAACUCUACUUCUCGAAUCACCAAAAUCAGCGAAAAUAAUAUUUGUCUCUCAAUGAUAAAUCAAUUCUUGGGUGGCCCUUUUAAAAUAAUAUCUUAUACACAUAAAGACCUCCGGUAUUGAGAGAGCAGGUUUCUUGUAAUCAUAAUUUUAUGUAUAAUAAAGAGAUGGAUAAAUGAGCAGUAAUGCCAUACUGCUUUACCUCAAAACACUUUUACAGCUUCUACAAUCACUAUGAUCAUCUUCAAAAAUCACUAAAUCACAAAAUUUCUUUUACAAGUGCUCUUAGUUGUGAAAAUCCUUUAUCAAUCAGUCUUAAAAGAAAAAACUACGAAUGCACCGAAGUGAUUGUUGAGAAGUUCGCUGAAAUUGCUAAUACUCAGCCAAAGUUUUUAUCAUUGAUUAAUAAUGAUAUUUUGGUAAAGCUUAACUUUGAGAAUUUCCAAAGCCUUAGCAAGCUAUAUGAUAACACUUUUAUUAAGUGGCAAGAAAUCAAAGCCUCGAAAACAGCUCCUUGCCCAGCAUAUGAUUUAGUUGACACACUUGAUAAGCAUGACCAUCUGGACCAACAAAUUAAAAAUAAAUAUUUCGGGAAGAAAAAAAAUAUGAGCCUGUGAAAGAGCUGCUUGAAAUUAAAUCUAGAAACAGGAUCGAAUGACUCAUCAAAGCUUCUCAUUAGUAUUAAGGAGGCAAAAAAUCCACAGAUUAUUUCUACUUUGUUUAUUCAAUCUCUUAUACAUUUCAAAUGAAAUCAGGCAUACUUAGUUCAUUUAAUUCAUCUUGCAGUAUUUAUUUGUUAUAUAGCUACUCUUAUGCUUGGAGAUGGCAUAGACAGCACUGCAGCAAUAAUUAUUUCGUUUGCUUUUAAUAUUUUGUUAGCAAUAUAUGACAUAUACCAGACUGUAAUAGACUUUUUACAGAUGCAGAAGCAUAAGUUUUUUAAGCACUCAAUUGAGAUUAGCAGAUCCCUUUUAUUUUUUGCUUAUAUUAUAUUCUGGUCUCAAGAUAUUUUACUAUAUUUAGUAACAAUAUCUUGAAUUAAUGGAUUGUUUUUCUUUCGAUUAUAUAGGCCAACUAUGAGAGCAUUGAGGUAUAUCUCUCAUAUUAUCUGCAAAUUAGUCCCAGAAAUUAUACUAAUCAUCUACAUUAUUUUAGCUCUAGGUUUUAUUAUCUUUUUACAAAGCGCAGAAAGCAGUUUGCUUCACUCAUUACAUAUUUCAACUUAUUUAGCUUUGAAAAGCUCUGAUUUUAGUUCAAUCCCAGAAAAUGAAUUAAUUAUCACAAUUGGGAUAAUCAUCUCUGUCUUUAUUUUAUGCUCACUUAUCCCGAUAUGUGAAGAGGUGCACAAUAAAGUAUUAAUGGACCUUGAAUGAGAUGAUAGCAUUGAAGAUAUUGAAAUGAUUAUUGAGUAUGAAAAUUUGUUGAUUUGGAAACGAAAAAAAGGAAAGUCUAAAUAUUUAGUGGCUUGCUUGGAAAAAGAAGUUAAGAAAAUUGACAAGCUGAAUGGAAAAAUAAAUAAAAUCAGCCAUAGAGUGAGGUCUGAAUUGCAAAUUCAACUGGCAGAAAUUUCAAAGAACAUUAAAGAAAGUUUUUUACUCUUGGAAUAAAAAAUCUCCAAAUUGAGCAUAAUUUUUUUUAAUAUAAAAAUUUUUUAGAAAAUGUAUUUUAAUAUAAUGCUAAUUAUUAUAGAAUUUUAAACAGCUUCCAUUUUUAAAACAUAAAUUUUUUCCAAACUAAAUUACAUAUUUCUUUCAAUUUUUACGAAUUGGGUUGCUUUAUAUUUCUGAAAAAAAAAUUCAGCACCUUUCCGCGAGUCAGUGAAAUUUUUUUGGAGAUGGUGAGUUAGAGGAAGCUAAAAAUGUUCGAGAAAAUAUUGAUAAUAAGUAUCAAAGAUUAGAAGAUCACAUUAAGAAAAUGGAAAAUAAAUAUGCGGAAAAGCCCACCUUAACAAAUAUACCUGUUUACCAAGAAUCGCCCACUAAGGAGCAUUUUUUGGUUCGCCAUUCUUAAUUUGGUUAGCCAGAAAAUAUGGCAUGCCAACGAAUUUGGCAAGCCAGUUAUUGUUCGGCCAACCAAAAAAUGCUCUUUAGUGGGCUAUUCUUGGUAAAUAAGUAUAGCUCUCAUUCUCCUUAA